GCUAGUCAACUCGUACCUAAGUCAACUCGUACCUUCGGUCAACUCGUACCCGAUUUGGUCAACUCGUACUCGACUUUUGGUCAACUCGUACCCCCACUAGUCAACUCGUACCCGAAUUGGUCAAUUCGUACCCUCCAAAAAAUUAUUUAUAUAUAUAUCAAAGACGUGAAAUAUGUUUUUGUAUAUGUUUUAGAUAAAUAAAGGUUUAAAAAAAAAUUGUUUCAAAAGUAGACUAGUUCAUUAUUUUUCACACGUGUAUAAUUAUAAAGGACGUGUUUGUCGGCGUUUUGUUUGAUAAAAUGUUGACUAAUAACACCUUUAUGACAAUAGGACAGUCGGCGAUUUAUUAAACAAUUUGUUUGUCGUGCAUCUAAAAUGACACGCGCGGUAGUUGUCGGCAUUUUCUUUGAUGAAAUGUUUGAUUGUAAACACCGCCUGAUGACUUAACCAAUUAACGGUAUGAUCCACUUUGAAGUUAAAGGAGUAUGUUUUCUCACUUUUAUAUGAGUAAAUCCCCAAAUUACUAUAUAAAGGCUUUGCAGAUUGGCUUUAAUCAUUAAUAUCUUGAAACUAAAUACGGACUCUGUGUUUCGUGUCUUGGACUUAAUUUCAUUUAUUGUUUAUCGUGGAUUAUAAUUUAAAAGUGUUUUGUUUAAUUAAUCUGCUUCAUCAUGGAUGAGGGAGAUGGGGACUGUGUUUGUGUUGUGUGUGGACAUAUUGUUUCAGAUGAGUGCAAGGCCAUUAUGUGCGAUGAAUGCGACAGAUGGCAACACAGACACUGUCAAACUGGUGUCACACUUAGCCAGUACAACAGAAUGGUUAAAGGCAUCAUCGAACUCUCGUUUGUUUGUGUGCCAUGUAGAGAACGGCCAUCGGUGGAGGUCAUGGAAGUGUAUGUCCGUGACGACAGUAUCUCAGAAUCCGAGUCAGAUCAUGAGUCCGUGCCCGAGCCUGGCCAAGAAACAGAGUCUGAUAUGGACACUUCUGUGCACGUGACCGUGGUGCGUGUGUCCGAUGUUCCGAUGAACACUUCUGUGCGCGUGAUCGAGGUGCCUGUGUCCGCUGUUCCCAUGGAGACCAAUGACGACAGGUCUUUCCGUGCUGAAGCUCCGUUCGAGGAGCCAGGAGACGAUCUUGAACACUACCGAGAGGGCAACCUCACCUCCACAGGUCUGCUGAAGGCGUUCAGCUGCCUGUACAAGCCAUCUGUGAGUGUCACAGACGCCGAAGAUUAA